CUUUUCUGUGUUCUCAUAGUCUCACCUUCAGUUCGUGCUACAAGUGAUGGCGGCCAUUGCUCGGUUUCAUCUUCUCCACCCAUCUCCAUUCCCCAAAUCCUCAGCGGUCGUAUCAAAGUUUACUCGCCCGUCACCUUUCUUCACUGUUCACACCAACGAAGACGGCUCCCAUUCCCGCCGUCACGGGGGCAACCGCAAAAUUUCCACGACUUCACCUCUUCGAUUCAAUUCAGAGACUAGUAUUUCAAGCACUGAAUCCUGCCAAUCAAUAAUUGGCGACCUUCUGGAUUACCUCAAUGAGUCAUGGACUCAGUUUCAUGCUACUGGAGUUAGCAAAAGGUAUGAGGACAGAGGAGAGGAUAGCGUGCUGGCGUGCGCGCUAGAAAAUAAAGUAAGCCUCGAGCAGGAUCAGAGUGCUUAUAAUGUAAUGUCAUAUGGAAAAUUGCUCAAUAGUAACGGUUUGUGGAACAAAGCUGAAGCAAAACGACAACUUGUUGCUGCUGGGUUCCGAUUGCUGAAUGAGAAUGAAGAGUGGGAACUGAAGCCUGGGGGACGAUAUGUUUUUACACGAAACAUGUCUUCAUUAGUUGCGUUUGCCAUUGGUGAAAAGUAUGCAGUUGGCAGUGGUUUUCAUGUGAUUGCUGCGCAUACCGAUAGUCCAUGCCUCAAACUAAAGCCAAAAUCUGCAUCAUCCAAAUCUGGAUAUCUUAUGGUUAACGUUCAAACUUAUGGUGGUGGUUUGUGGCACACGUGGUUCGAUAGAGACCUAAGUCUGGCUGGAAGGGUUAUUACUAGAGCUGAUGAUGGUUCCUUUUCACAUAAACUAGUCAAGAUAAAACGUCCUUUGUUGCGAGUGCCUACACUUGCUAUUCAUCUUGACAGGGCAGUAAAUAUUGAAGGGUUUAAACCGAAUCUUGAGACCCACCUUAUCCCUCUUUUAGCUGUAAAGGCUGACAAAACAUCCUCUGAGCUUGAUGCAAAAGCUAGUGCAUCAUCUUCAGAUGAUUCUCACCACCACCAGUUGCUCAUGCAGAUCUUGUCGGAUGAGUUGGGCUGUAAUGUUCAAGAUAUUGCCAGCAUGGAAUUAAACGUCUGUGAUACCCAGGCCAGUUGUCUUGGAGGCGCUAAUGAUGAGUUCAUUUUCUCUGGAAGAUUAGAUAAUCUGGCUUCAAGUUUUUGUGCAUUGAGAGCUCUUGUGGAUGCCUGUACCUUACCUGAAGAUCUAGCUGAUGAAAAUGCUAUUCGGAUGGUUGCAUUAUUUGAUAAUGAGGAGGUCGGUUCAGAUUCAUACCAGGGGGCAGGUGCACCAACAAUGUUUGAGGCCAUGAGACGAAUUAUUGCUUGUUUGGGUGAGCAGUCCGUAGGAGAAUGCGGCUUUGCGCGAGCCAUUCGUCACUCUUUCCUUGUGUCAGCCGACAUGGCUCACGGAGUGCACCCUAAUUUUUCUGACAAACACGAAGAAAACCACAGGCCAGUGUUGCAAAAGGGACUUGUAAUAAAGCAUAAUGCUAAUCAACGUUAUGCUACAAGUGGAGUUACAUCUUUCCUCUUCAAAGAAGUUGCUAAAAUACACAAUCUUCCUAUUCAGGAAUUUGUUGUAAGAAAUGAUAUGGGGUGUGGGUCCACUAUAGGACCCAUAUUGGCUUCGGGAGUUGGAAUUCGUACGGUUGAUUGUGGCAUACCUCAGCUAUCCAUGCAUAGUGUGAGGGAAGUAUGUGGGAAGGAAGACGUGGAAAUUGCUUACAGGCACUUCAAGGCAUUUUAUAAAACCUUCUCAAGCAUUGACAAGAAGCUGAGCGUGGAUUUCUAGAUUGUCCGUGUCGAAAUCUAUCUAUCUAUCUAUAUAUAUCUAAACAAUUAUAAAAUAAGUGAUUUUGUAAAAAUUGCACGGACUAGAUAAUCUUUAUAUUUGUUAUACUAGUCCAACAUCCGUGUAUUAUACGGGUGCUUGUUAAAAUAUUUAUUCUUAGAUUUUAAAU